AUAUAUGUGAAAUGCUUUGAUACAGUAAUGUUUUACUAUGUGAUUUUAGCGUAUUUAGUAAAUGUCACUUUUUGUAAUUUUCAAAUUUCCCACCAGUCCGUCCCCGUACGUUCCAACGUCGCAGGGCACGGAACCCAGAAGACAGAUGCCGGCAUCUGCCGGAGGACAUUGCAGGGGACACUGCAGGAGGGACAUCGCUGGAGCGCAGGACAAGGUAAGAGAAGAACAGAUCCUAGAGCAACACCGCAUGGUAAGCCCGAGUGUAGCUCGGGGUUACAGCUUGUGCUACACUUGGGAAUACCGCCAGGGAAGCUA